AUGCUUUGGAUUCUACAAUUGCCACCUGAGAUUAUCCAACUUAUAUUUGAUGCCGUUCCUCUCCCGUAUCUACAGGAAUACAUUAACAUAGAUCAAAUUAGCCAGUAUGCAUUCAAUUCUUACUAUUCAAAUAUCACGAUUGUUGAUUUCCACGAUGUAGGUGAAAGAUGGAGUGACUUAGAGAAGCCCAAACCACUCCUUGGGGAAACAGAUGUAUUUCCAACAACGUAUAAUUCCAAAAAUAUCUACGGUAGUUUAAAUUAUCCUGGCGAUACAAUAUUUCUUGAAAGGCGUGGCAGUGCUCCAUCGGUAUACUUUUUGAAUGUGGAUGACUUCAUUGAUUUCGGUAGAGAACAUCCUAGUUUUUCUCCACUGAAUGUAAUAUUUAUAAGACCUAGAGAUGUUCUCAGGCUUUGCCGAUGUUCUGAAAUGGUUCCCAGAAUACGUAAGAUAUAUUUGUUUACCGAAUUGAUUUUUAGGGGCGAUUACGAAGGAGAAUUACAGGAUUGCCAGUCCGUGAUUGGCCAAGGAAUUCCAAACAUAAACUACGGUUAUCUCUUUGCAGAAGCAAGCUCUUUGAAUUUACAAACCUAUCCACAUCAUUUGGAUUAUCUUCAAUUGGACAACUGUCAGAUACGGGAUUUUGAGGGUACUUUUGUUGGGUUUUCAAUUACACAUCUUAUAUUUGAUCGGGUUGAGAUGGAAUUUAAUGAUAUAGCAUCUAUCCCAAUGAAUGUAAAAUAUUUAUCAUUGAAGAGAUCACUAGGUCUGGAUAGUGGUAUCUUGGAUAUAAGAUACCCUCCUAAUUUGAUCCAAUUAAUCAUUAAUGAGUUUAGAGGCGAUGGUCAAAUUAUUAACGUUAAUCUCCUGACCCUAACAAAACUUCGUUAUUUACAAAUUAUGCCGGUGCAGGUCAUGUCGCUUUCAGACUUAGAAUUACCGAAUUCCAUUGAAAUUUUAAAAUUAGGUGCGCCUAAAUUAAAAACCUUGGAAGGAAUUGAAAAGUAUCACAAUUUAUACAGUUUCUAUUUCCAAUCAUUUUGCGGAACAUGGUUUGACAUGCCGUUGUGGGCGCAAACAACUAAGGAGAACCUGGCCGAUACUUGGGAGAAUCAUACAUUAUUUUGUGACGAUUAUUCGCAGGCCGGAAUUGUCAGCAUAUCUAGCUUUCCUAAAGAAAGAAUUAAAAGAUUUGACAUAAGCGGUGAAUAUGACGUGGAUGAUCUUAAGAAGUGGAGGUAUUUUGGCCUUAUUGAUUAUCCGAGCUUGACGGUUUUGGAUUUAUCUGAAACGACGCUACUGCUGGUUACUUCUUGGAUAUUUCCAGAAACAUUGAUUACGUUGGAUCUAUCCUCAUGCAAGAUACUGAAAUUUAAGAAUCAUAAUUUCAAACGCUUAACAAGUCUACGACGCUUGUAUUUGAGAGAGAAUCAAUUCAAAUCGUUAGAAGGGUUGAUUGACAGUCUUCCUAUGAGUUUGAAAGAGCUUGACUUGCUGGAUAACCAGAUCACUAAGUUCCAAGGUUCGCAUUUAUCGAUACUCUCAGUUAAUUUAUCCGACAACGACUUGUUUCAUAUUCUGAUUUCCCUGGAGACCAUCAGUUUGCCUGAUUGUUGUGAGAUAUUGAAAUUGGACCAUAGCGAUUUCCAUGGAUUUGGUGACUCGUUCCUAUUCCCAAAGAAUUUGAAAGAGUUAUCAACUGGCCGUUGUCAUGAAUUUACGUUAACCAAUGCGAAUUUCUUCUCUAAGCUUCCACAAGACUUGUGUUGCGUUCGUUUAUAUGGCCCUUGUGAACAUCAAUCUGCUUUUCCAAAAGAAAUAAGACAAAUAUGCUUACGACAUGUACCUAAGUUUGCACUAAAUGAUCUAUUGUUCUUGGAAGAGUUGGAACUAAUUUCUUCAUUGGUGCGAUUUGACAUGUUGCCGCCGAGUUUGAGGAAACUUCGAGUAAUUGCACUGAGUGGUUCGGGUUCAUUAGAACACUUGGCUAAUUUAGAGAGGAUCCUGGUGAAGCUUCUGUUUACUUAUCAGAAAGAUAAGUUUGUCCUUCCAGAAUCGGUGAAAUAUAUUUCCAUUCGAAGUGGUUCAAUUUCUCGAGAAUUUGAUUACAGCAAAUGCAAAGGAUUAAGAUAUCUUGAAUUAGGUCACAAUCCUUAUUCAGCUGAUAAGUUUGCAAGUUAUAUUGAAAAAUUGAUUGGGCUCAAUCCUAUCAUUCGUAUAUAUUUGGGACCAGAGAUUUCGAAUUUGACUUGUCCUAAGCUUGAUUUGUUUCGAAGAAAUGGGCAUUUACUUGAUCAGAAUAUAUAUUAG